CCAGUCUGUUUUUCGUUUCACUCGAAAUUGAGAUGUCUCAGCCACUGCCCGCAACCCACGAGCUCCACUCGGGCUACUUCCAUCCGACCCUGCGCAGCUGGCAAUCGAACGCAGCACAUCUCGCAGCGUCGCAGCUCAUCUAUCCCCUCUUCAUCUCGGACGUCGAGGACAACUGGGAGGAGAUUGGCAGCCUGCCUGGCCAGUUCCGCUUCGGCCUCGCUCACAUCGACCGCGUCGUCGCACCGCUGGUCGCAAAGGGACUGCGCACAGUGCUCCUGUUUGGCGUCCCCGUGCAAGUCCCCAAAGACGCCACGGGCUCGCUGGCCGACGCCGACGACUCGUGCGUUGCUCGUGCCGUGCGCCAUCUGCGCAAGACCUACCCAAGCCUCCUUGUUGCGUGUGACGUGUGUCUCUGCCCUUACACCAGCCAUGGUCAUUGUGGAAUCCUGUACGACGAUGGCACCAUCAACAACCAAGCAAGCACCGAGCGUCUGGCUCAAGUGGCUCUGUCGUACGCACGCGCUGGUUGCCAGAUUAUCGCUCCGUCUGACAUGAUGGAUGGUCGCAUUGCAUCCAUCAAGACUGCUUUGCGCGGCGCUCACUUGCACAGCAAAGUUUCCGUCAUGAGCUACAGCGCCAAGUUUGCCUCGUGCUUCUAUGGCCCGUUCCGUGACGCUGCCAAAUCCGCACCUGCUGCAGGCGACCGCAAGUGCUACCAGCUGCCUCCUGGCGCUCGUGGUCUGGCGUUGCGUGCCACUGAUCGCGACGUCGCGGAAGGCGCUGACAUGCUGAUGGUCAAACCUGGCGGUCCGUAUCUGGACAUUGUGCGCGACGUCAAGAACAAGUAUCCCGAUGUGCCGCUCGCCAUCUACCACGUGUCUGGCGAAUUCGCAAUGCUGUGGCACGCCGCCAAAGCCGGCGCUUUUGAUUUGCGCGCAGCAGUCCUCGAAACUGUCCGAGGCAUGCGUCGUGCAGGUGCAGACAUCAUCAUCACCUACUACACACCCCAGCUGUUGGAUUGGCUGCAAGACGAGCAGCAAUAAAAGCCAGAUACCGUCAUCUUGUUCUUUUAAUGAAACAAGCCAAGCAGGAACCACAUCGAAAGACGUGAACAAAAAGGCAAAC